UUGGUAAACUAUGUAACAUCUAUCAAAGUCUUGCCUGCAUUGCCGUGAACUCUUUCUUUACAAAUUUUGUGCUUGCGAAGAGACGUAUCUGUCUUGUUUCACAGUGAACAAAUAGAAUAAAUCAAAAUGUCAUCGGCUGCUGUUAUUCGUACCCGUAAAUUCAUGACAAACCGUUUGUUGUGCCGUAAACAAAUGGUGUGCGAUGUAUUGCAUCCUGGUUUGUCAUCGGUCAGCAAAAAAGACAUUCGCGAGAAAUUGGCGGCUAUGUACAAAGUUACACCCGAUGUUGUCUUUGUAUUCGGUUUCCGUACAAACUUCGGUGGUGGCAAAUCAACCGGAUUCGCAUUGAUCUACGAUACAUUGGACUUUGCAAAGAAAUUCGAACCAAAAUACCGUUUGGCCCGUCACGGUUUGUACGAAAAACAAAAGCAAACACGAAAACAACGCAAGGAACGCAAGAACAGAAUGAAGAAGGUGCGCGGUACCAAGAAAGCAAAGGUUGGCCAAGCCGGAAAGAAAUAAGAUGCGUUAAUGUGAACAUUUCACUACCGUCGCCUCCACCACCAACAACAUUCAAAAAAAUUAAUUAUUGUUUAUACUUUCUGGUAAUCGCACACUUUCCAACAACAGAAGAAAAAUACAAUGGGAGAAGCUGAAUUUAAGCUAGGUUCACAUGAAGCUCUUUCAAUUGUUUUGUGAAAGAAAAAAAAUCAAUUUUUCUUUGUUAAAUAAAUGUAUGUGUUAUUCGAAAGUAUGAAACACAUUU